GGCGUGCCGCAGCAUCUUUGUAUGAAAGCCAUGUGCGAGACCACGGAGGGGCACAAGAAGCAGCUUUACGCACGGAAACACUUGUUAUUUUGGUGAUAAAGUUUCCGGCUAAAGAAGAUGCUGCUGAAGACUUUCUUCCCCUUACUGCUGUUGGCCUUCCUCGGGCAGCAGGUCUCGCUGUCCUCCGGUGCACGCAACAAGACCCGGGGAGCGGGCAAAACUGUGACCUCAGCCCCCGGGAGAGCGCAGAGGAGCAGGAACAAGUCCCCAGCGACCGGCCGGGGAAAGUUCGUCAUCUCUGAAGACAAGAUGCAGUGCACGUGGGUGGCUAAAGACGUCAGGGACACGGUCAAGCUGUCGUUCAAAUGUGAAAACCCGGAGGCGCGAAUCAAAGGCGGAGUGACCGACAUCCAGUGUGAUUACAACGGCAAACCUCAGCGCUGCCCGGGCUACCAAUCCGACCCCAAAGGCUUCUGGAAACAGGUGACACGUGCGUUCAAAAGGCUGCGGGGCAAAGUGUGCAAAGAUUCGCGCGCGCUGGUGAAGGCCGGCAUGUGUAAGCGCGCAACCCGAGAUGCUCACUUCAAGCUGGAUAUCAACACCUCUGUGGUCUCCGCUCAGUCAGGGGGAGAGGAACCCGUACCAACCCUGCCACCACCUCCUCCUCCCCGCUCCACCGGCCUCUCUCCAGCCAGACCCACAGCCUGCAUGGGGCGCGAGGAGCAGCGAAAAAAGGCGAAGGAAAAUUGCGGCAGGUGGUUCAGUUUGUGCACCUUCUUUAUGUCCAUGCUGCAAAGCGAAGACUGCUGAAGUCCAACAGGGACGUGGACAUGAUCAGACUGAUGCAGGAUUCACUUAAGGACUCAACAUCAGCAUCUGCUGGUAAAUCUGUCUUUUAAAACCAGUAAUGGUCAGCUAUUCUCUCCUCAGUGCGCUUUUUACAGAAGUAAAAUGAGUAAUUUUAAGUUUUAACACACACAUAUGACAUAUCUGUCGCUCUGUUAGAUGCUAAAAUUAUCAGGAUGUUUUAACAUUUCCCAACAGAACACACUACUUUAUUAUUUCCAGUAAAUGCAGUAAUUUAUCACCAGAAGUGAAAGUGACUCUAAAGUACUGUCCUUAGGUUUGAGGCACUUGCUUUACUUGAAUAUUUCAUUUUUGGCAUUUAUAAAGCACUUGUUACUUUUCCUCCAUGUGAUCAAAUUUUCCUCUAAAACACAUGGAAUGAUUCUUUUUACAUUUUACAGUACAAUUAAAACGCUAUUCACACAUCAAUACCUGCAUUCUUGGGUACUCUUAAUGUUUUUGGGUACUAUCAUUUGGAUCAUAUGUAGAUGACUCUACCAGACUACUUAAAGAAACAGACCUUUAUCAAAGACAUGGGAAGUCACUGUUGCUCUGUAACGCUAUAAAGUUUUGCAAUUUCAGGAUGUUGACAGUUAAGAUGAUGAUCUUGAGUUAAAGUUAGACUUAACUUGGAAUAGAGUAUUUUUACCGGGUUUUUAUCUCCACCCUAACAACUCAAGGACUUCUUCUGUUGCUCAUCACACAGAACUUAAGGCUGGUUCUGAUUACAGCAGGGUGGUUCUUUCCUCUACCUCUGAUUAUCAAUCAACCUUGUAAACACCACUGUAUUUAUGCACCACAAAUAAAUAUUUUCUAUUUA